AUGGAGCGGCGACGGCUGUCUCACAGUGACGAUAGCGCGCUGCCUUACCAUGCAAAACGACGCAAAACCGGUUUCCAGCAGAGUGAAGAUGAGUCUAUAUGCGAACGCUAUACAGUCGCCUGGAUUUGCGCGUUGCAUAUUGAGAUGGCUGCAGCCAGGGCGAUGCUCGACGAGGAGCACGCCGAAUGUCCGCGGCAAGCUAACGACACCAACUCUUAUGUCCUGGGGAGCAUCCAAAAUCACAACGUGGUGAUAGCUUGUCUGCCGGCAGCUCAAUACGGUACAAAUAAUGCCGCGAGUGUGCUGAGUCACAUGAGAAGAACGUUCCCUGGUCUCGAAAUUGGAUUGAUGGUAGGCAUUGGUGGCGGAGUGCCGCUCAAAGCUGAUAUACGGCUUGGAGACAUUGUUGUUGGAGUACGAGUCAUGCAGUACGACUUGGGGAAAACCCGUAAGGAGGGCUUCCAACGGACAGCAGACCCAAAAAUACCCGACUCUUCCAUCCGAACAGUCAUCUCGAAUCUAAGAUCUCGACAUGAGCUCAAUGGUAGUCGAGUGCCUUCGAUAUUGGUGGAGAAGAUGGGCAAUCACGCCGCUUAUUCCCGGCCAAGCGCGCCAGAUCGUCUGUUUCUUGCAUCAUAUUAUCAUCAUGGCGAUCCCGACUUACCUUGUGAUGAGUGUGACUUGUCCAAGCUAGAGACGAGAAAAAUACGACUGUCUACCGACCCGGCCAUUUAUUAUGGAGGCAUUGCUUCUGCCAAUACAGUCAUGAAAGACUCAACUGUUCGCGAUGAGAUCGCGCGAGAGCUGGAUGUGCUUUGCUUCGAGAUGGAAGCCGCCGGGCUGAUGGAUAUCAUGCCUUGCCUGCCUAUUCGUGGUAUCUGCGACUAUUCGGACUCUCACAAAUCGAAAGAGUGGCAACGGUAUGCUGCAGCAACUGCAGCAGCCUAUGCAUAUGAGUUCUUGGAACUAUGGAGAGGAGACUCUCAGGCAUCAUACGUUAGUCACCGUCAACCGUAUUCUGAGCACAACAUGGGAUCUGAGCGCCACAAGAAUAUACUAGAAUCUUUGAACUUCGAAGAGAUCGAUGUUCGCAAGUCCAUUAUCAAAGCCGCGCACUCCAAAACCUGCCGAUGGUUUCUCAAGCAUCCCGAUUACCUUUCAUGGAUAGACCCGCUACAAAUAUCGGAACAUCACGGCUUCUUGUGGAUCAGAGGAAAGCCUGGAGCUGGAAAGUCCACUAUCAUGAAGUUCAUCUACCUGGAGUCGAAGAAAAAGGACCGCAAGCAUCAGAGCCUCACUGCCUCAUUCUUCUUCAACGCCCGUGGAGAGGUGCUUGAAAAGACUGUCUCGGGCAUGUACCGAUCUUUACUUCUGCAGCUGUUCCACGGAUUUCCAGACCUAGAAUCCGUCUUGGAUGACCCGGAUCUUUUGCCUCGAAACCAAAGUGGUUGCCCCCCAUUGAACGUCCUGAAAGACCUGCUCCGUGCCGCAGUCGCCAAGCUUGGCCAAAGGUCAUUCAGAUGCUUCAUCGACGCCCUCGACGAAUGCGACGAACAACAAGUUAUGGACCUAGUCGAGUACUUCGAAGACUUGGCUGAGGAAUGCACUGAACACAGCAUUGAUCUCCGCGUCUGUUUCUCCAGUCGUCACUACCCCUACAUCGAUAUAAAAUACGGCAUUCGUGUCAUCCUCGAGGAGCAAACGGGACAUGCCAGCGAUCUCGAGAGUUAUAUCAAGUCUAAUCUUCGAAUAAAAGACAGACCACUCCUAGCAGAGCUCCAAGAGAAGAUGCUUGAGAAGGCAGCGGGGGUAUUCCUCUGGGUGGUCCUCGUGGUCGACAUCAUGAACAAAGAGAAUUGCCGAGGGCGCCUGGCCAUGAGACGACGACUUGAACAGGUUCCCAGUGGCUUGAGUGACCUGUUCAAGGACCUACUAAAAAGAGACAAUAGCAAUAUGGAGGAACUCCAACUGUCUCUUCUUUGGAUUCUACUCAGCGGACGACCGUUAGAGCCAGACGAAUACUAUCACGCGAUCUGGUCAGGGCUGUAUUUGGAGGGACUAGCAGACUCUGAAAUACCCGCAGUGGACAUGGAGGACUCUGAAGACUGCUUUGCCCGUUGUGUUAUCAGUUCAUCUAAGGGUUUGGGCGAGAUCACAAAAGUCAAGCAGCCGAGGGUUCAAUUCAUACACGAGUCUGUUCGCGACUUCCUUAUUAAGGACAAGGGUCUUCAGGAGCUAUGGCCAGAACUUGGACCAGACUGGGAGAGUAUAGGCCAUGACAGAUUGAAGAUGUGCUGCUAUUCCUACUUCGAAUUAGUUGUCGUGAAAGGACAGGUCGACGUCGAAGUCUAUAAUUAUUUCGAGCAUAUAUAUGCACCGUGGACUAAGCCAUACCCUUUCCUUCAAUAUGCUAGCCAAUUCGUUCUGCAUCACUCUGACUUUGCGGCAAAUACUGUUGAACAACAAACCUUUUUGGAGAAAUUUUGGACUCUUGCUUGGAAACGGGCCGUCAACGCGUUUGAACAGUUUAGGGUCCGUAAGUACAGCCCAACUGCUGGGUUGUUAUAUAUACUUGCGGACAGAGGACAUUCAUCACUCAUUCAUAGCAUGCUAAAGAAUGAUGCCACCAUCGACAUCCCAUCAGAGGACGACAGAUAUGUGUAUCCACUCAUAGCUGCCAUGGCUAAAGGGGACAAAGCCAGCGUCCUUGCUCUUUUGCGUCUACCUUCCGCGUUUUACGAAGGGAUGGACAUAACAGAAGGGCUAUUGCCCAACAUAGAUGCUGGCGGUCUCGCCCGAACCCCACUUUCUUGGGCGUGCGAAAACGGCUACUUGGGAAUCGCGAAGGUUAUUGUCGAGAGAGAUGCUCAGCCAAUCAAUAGCGGAGCGGCGUACUCGCCGCUGAUGCUUGCGUCGAAAAAUGGUCACACCGACACGGCGAGAUGGCUGCUUAGCCGCAGCGCUAUUAUUGACCAAAGAUACAAAAAUGAAAGUGCCAUCUGGCUCGCCACAAGUAAUGGCCAUGCGGAAAUAGUUGGUCUUCUGCUGGAUGCGGGGGCGGAUGCCAAUACAUACGGUGUCAAGGAUAUGCCUAUACUAGGUCUAGCUGUUCAAAAAGGCCACGACAACGUGGUGAAGCUCCUUUUGGAGAGAGGGGCAAAUAUUGAAAUAAGAGACCGUCGGACAGGGACACCUAUUCAUCUUGCUGCACAAAAGGAAGGAUCUGGUGCAACAAUGCAAGAACUUCUAGGCCACGGAGCAGAUAUCAAUGUCAGAGAUCAUUGGGGCCAGACGCCGCUCAUGCUGGCCGUGAGAUACGCCUCUAUCGUCGAGAUACGGUUCUUGAUUAGACGAGGAGCGGAGGUAACAGCCCUAGAUAAUAUGGGUGAGACAUGUCUCACUCAAGUAGUGGGAAGGGUAGAAACCAACUUAGAGGUUGUUCUAUUUCUUCUGGAGAAUGGGGCAAGGGCCGAUAGUCGAAACAAAAACGGCGAAACGUGCCUCCACGCCCUUGCACACCGGGGGCCAAUCACCACUUCCACCGGCGAUCUAAUUCAGUUGUUCACUAGCUACGGAACCAGCAUCAAUGCUAAUGACAACGAUGGCAAGACACCUUUGCAUACUGCUACAAAAUAUGGGACCUUGAGGGCUCUGUCAACGUUCGUCGACCAGCCUGGGGUGGACCUCAACGCUCGCAAUCACCUAGGCCAGACACCAGUGCACGUUGCAGCUUCAAUUAACAGAGCGGAGGGGCUCUACAUACUAAUGAGGAAAGGAGCGGAUAUUAAUUCCUUGGACAAUGAGGGAAGAACGCCGCUUGAUUACGCAGUAGAAAGAGAUAACAAGCCAUCCAGUCAGUUCCUGAUAGAGAACGGAGGAAAGCAAGGUGUUGCAUAA